AUGGCUGAUCUAGCUGAAGUGCAGCAGCUGGAGCUGUUGUGCCAGGCCUUCUACGGCGGGGGCGGAAAGGAAGAACAAAAUGAAGCCCAUAAGAAGAUUCUGGAGCAAGUUGGUUUAUUCUUGAGCGCAUCUACUGCACACUGGGUUGUUGGACUGUACAUAUACACUGAGUUAACUCAGGAGAUGCAGCCGAAGAUCGGAUAUCACAUGUCUCGUCUGCGUCGCGUUGCUUUCUCCUUCCGCGACCUUGCGCUUUCGUCUAUCCUGAAGGUGGCAGUAAAGACUCUGCAGCAGUUCGAUGCGGGGGCCAUCCGCGUACCGAAUGAUGAAGAGGAGACACCAUUCAUCAUGAGCCGCAUGUGUGUAGCGGAGGCCAUAGCCGAAGAUGCUGACAACUGCGACUGGGAGAGCCCCUUAAACAAUGAAGUGUUGCGACAAGAACAACUGGAGGUUCUCUCUCAGCUUGCGCGGUGUCGCUACACGAAGACGGCACGGAUGGUCCAUGAGUUGUUCGAAGAGACGAAGGCCAAAGCACAGAGUGGCGAAAUCAGCAGAAAGGUCUUUGAGGAGAAGAUCACCUGGUUGGUGUAUCUCAUCGGGGCUCUUGUUGGUAGUAACUGGACCGGAAGGCUCCCGGAUGUAUACGUAGACGGUAUGCCAGACGCAGGGGUGGAGCCUUUCAUGGCAAACGCGGGCCUGUCAAAGCUUGUUCUGACCUUGAUUGAAGAGACAAAAUGCGAAGAGACACCGGAGACCCUUGAGCUGGCAUUUCUUUACUUCCUGGAUCAAUUCAGAAAACUCUUCAUUGGCCAGUUCGCACGCAAACUGGACGGCACGAGCGCCUUUGCAACAGGCAAGGGCUUCACUGGGUGCCGCAGACGACAAGGCGGUGGUAGCGACCUUGCACUGGGCGCCGCAGACGACAAGGCGGUGGUAGCGACCUUGGUGAGCAAGAUUGGUUUCAAUCUGCAGCACCGAGUCGACAUGCCUGAGUGUAUUAAAAAAUCCAUGGAUCUUCUUUUUGAGUUUGUGGCCGGGGUCCACAUCGUCCACUGGAUCUCCCGGGCUCCAGAGCUCAUUGUCACGGGCCGGUUGCUGCUGGAAACACCCACUGGCGGCUAUUUCCUGACGAAUCACUGCAGUGCCGAGUUCAAGUUCCUUUCUAUGCGCAGGUAUUCGAGACUGCGGACGACUUACUAUCUUACUCUUGGGACAUUGUUAUUUUAUCAGCAACGUAAAGCUGCCGUUACUUUUGAGCAAUUCGUGCAGCCUAUGGAUGCCAUUUUUGUAUCGUUGUGGCAGCAAACCGAAGAAGGAAGAAACCCUGGGUCGAUCCGCAAUCCGCUCUGUCGGGACCCCCUGAUUGGCCUCGUGCGAGAUCUCAGGGGGCUGAGUUUCGCGUCUGGAAAUAGCUCAACGUACACAGUCCUUUUUGAGUGGUUGAUGUCGCCGGCGAAGAAGAUCAACGGCAGCACUCGCAUGGCAAUAUUUAGCUGGGCAGCGGAUGGUUGGUGGGAUGAUGCUGAAGUUAUGGUUCCCCUUUUAAAGUUUAUUGCCGAUUUUGUCAGCAACAGGGGAGGCAGCAGGAUACAAUUUGCUGAGUCUUCCGCAAAUGGCAUCCGGCUUUUCAAGGAAGCAUCGAGUGUGGUGCUUAAAUACGGCAACAGGAUACUGCAGAAACAGGACUUUACCGACACUUACAAGGAAAAGUACAAGGGGAUGGCUGUAGCGCUGCAGAUCCUGAGCAACAUCAUCAGUGGCUCAUACUGCAAUUAUGAGGUCUUCAAGGUCUACGGGGACACAGUCCUAAGCGACUCCCUUCGUCUUGCCCUCCAGAUGUGUCUUGCAAUUCCCCAGGACGAUUUGAUGGCCUAUUUGAAGUCCCUCAGGCCUGUCUAUUCUUUCCUUGAAGUUGCCACGGAGUCCUUCAUGCAACACAUUCUAGAGUUACCGCCAGCCCACCUAGCCCAACUGUUGCGAUGUGUUGAGGACGGCCUCUGUGCACAAGAAACAGUGCUGAUGCAGUCAUGCGCCACCUUGGGCCAUUUUGUUGAGUUCAUCUUCAAGUACAGGAAUUCCGAGGAGAAGGAGGGAGAUGCCGUCCGUGCAUUCCUUGAGGCACAGCCGGGCAGUUUGCCGCGAAUGCUGCAGCUGAUAUUCCAGCUGCUCAUGACAGGGCAGCUGCCGAACCUGUUCGCAAUAUCGGGUGUCUUGUUGGGUCUGAUUGUGCUGCAACAAAAUGAAUACUUGAAGUUGAAGCAACAGAUAAUUGAGCAGCAAAUCGAGAGCAAGAGACCACAAGUGGAGGGCUUCUUCAUGGAGUUGAUGGUAAACAUUGAAGAUGACCUAACGCCGGCAAAUAAGGUUUAUGCGGAAUCUCUACCACUUUGCGCACGACAUUCGGAAGAUGUUUUCUCUCAGUUUAUGAGGGGGCAGGGUCCACACGCGUCCACCUCAUCGGCAUCGGCUCCCGAUUCCUGCGGGACGUACACAGUCCUUUUUGAGUGGUUGAUGUCGCCGGCGAAGAAGAUCAACGGCAGCACUCGCAUGGCAAUAUUUAGCUGGGCAGCGGAUGGUUGGUGGGAUGAUGCUGAAGUUAUGGUUCCCCUUUUAAAGUUUAUUGCCGAUUUUGUCAGCAACAGGGGAGGCAGCAGGAUACAAUUUGCUGAGUCUUCCGCAAAUGGCAUCCGGCUUUUCAAGGAAGCAUCGAGCUGCACGAGUCAUAGCAAGUAUGCCUUCGUUUGUGGGACUGAUAAGGUCUGCGCAUGUGAUUCUUGCUUUACUCCCCACUGUCCGCCAGAUUUGAUGGCCUAUUUGAAGUCCCUCAGGCCUGUCUAUUCUUUCCUUGAAGUUGCCACGGAGUCCUUCAUGCAACACAUUCUAGAGUUACCGCCAGCCCACCUAGCCCAACUGUUGCGGUGUGUUGAGGACGGCCUCUGCGCACAAGAAACAGUGCUGAUGCAGUCAUGCGCCACCUUGGGCCAUUUUGUUGAGUUCAUCUUCAAGUACAGGAAUUCCGAGGAGAAGGAGGGAGAUGCCGUCCGUGCAUUCCUUGAGGCACAGCCGGGCAGUUUGCCGCGAAUGCUGCAGCUGAUAUUCCAGCUGCUCAUGACAGGGCAGCUGCCGAACCUGUUCGCAAUAUCGGGUGUCUUGUUGGGCCUGAUUGUGCUGCAACAAAAUGAAUACUUGAAGUUGAAGCAACAGAUAAUUGAGCAGCAAAUCGAGAGCAAGAGACCACAGUUUAUGCGGAAUCUCUACCACUUUGCGCACGACAUUCGGAAGAUGUUUUCUCUCAGUUUAUGA